CGUGGGAUGGUUGUAUAGACUUCCGAGUAUCAAAGAUAAAACGGUCUCAUUGUACGCAAUCCAAUUUAUUCUAUAUCUGAUAAAGGACCGAACUCUGUGUACUCCCCAACGCUCCUUCGAGCCAUGGCAGAAGAAAGUUCAUCAUCGGUAACACCAUUCCUGCCUGAAAUCUAUGGAAGCGACUCAGGAUGGGUUGAAGCUCGUACCUCGUGUGACCACCUCAGUGUGAUUUCUUCUGAUCUCAGUCAUAUUCCAGCCAUGGAUACUCCCUGCUCCAGGUGUGAUCAUCCAGCUGAAAAUUGGUUAUGCCUCAGUUGUAACAACAUUUUCUGCAGUCGCUUCAUUAAUGGCCACAUGCUUGAGCAUUAUCAAGAAGCUGGUCAUUGUCUUGCUCUCAGCUAUAGUGAUCUAUCAGUUUGGUGUUUCUUGUGCGACGCUUAUCUAGAUGCACAAGUGAUUUUACAACUCCGACCUGUCUAUGAAACUGCUCACCUACUGAAGUUUGGAGAAAGCCCCCCCUUUCUGAGUAUGGAACUAGGUUAAGAUCUUCACCCGGUCAACUUUUAGAGGCAUUUUGAUAAAAUAUCAUUUCGACAUUGUUCUAUAAUCUAGAUUAUAGCUCUUAGAACAGCAUUAAUUUAUAUAUCCAUCAUAUGAACAUAUGGUCUAUGGACUAUUAAGCUCUCUCAAGAAUUCCAAUUAUUUAAAAAACAAUCAUAUGAACAUAUGGUCUAUGGACUAUUAAGCUCUA